AUGGUAACCACUUCAAAGCCUGCAAUGAUUACUGAAGCCAUUGAUCUCAGCGUUGCACUUACAGAAGAAGCCAUCAGAUUGAACAAGUUUUCAAUUUCUGAACCGAAGAAGAAAGAAACUCAUGUUGAAUCCUUAGGGGAAAACAAGAGAAAGUUCUCGAACUUUAAGAAAAGUACCGGCAGUGCCAGCAAGAAGAGGGAUACAAACCCGCCAGCUGAAGUAAAGACUGGCAGUGAACACAAAGGGAAAGGAUACAUGGGCACUCUGCCCAAGUGUUAUUUAUGCCAACAUCAUCAUGCUGGCCGGUGCAGACUUAGCAAAUGUGAAUCCUGUGGAAGCAUGGGUCACUCAAAAGACACUUAUUGGGUUGGUACUGGCCGUGGUGGCCAAAGAGGAUAUGAUAACAACAACCACGGAGGUAACGGGAAUGGGAACCACAACGGCGGAAAUGGUAAUCGCGGUAACUUUGGGAAUAAAGCAGGAAAUGGUAACCGCAAUCAAAACAACAACCAAGGUGGUAAUGGAGAUGAUUUGCUUGACUAA